AUGGCAUAUAAUAAUCUUGUCGUAACACCGUGUAUCUCUCGUACUUCAGAGCUACCAUCACGACGAACACUGGACGAAAGUUCAUCUGUAUCUUUGGAAACCAAAUCGAUUUUCUCUAUAUCUGCAAUCUCUGCGAUUUCGACAAACAACCCAACAAAUUCUGCUUCUUCUCCGACAAGAUCAACUACUCCAAACACCACUAACAUGGUGAAAACGCCUCUCAGUGAUGUCCCAGAGCACGGUCCUUUUACGCCCACCUCGUCAGAUACAGCACUACCAGCUGUCCAUCACAAUAACCAUCACAGUCCAAAUUCGCCAUAUUUUGCAGGCGGUUCGUUAUCGUCAGCUAGCUCAAGUGCCACUCUAGGAAGUGGAGGAAGAGAGGGUAAAAGCGGUAGCGGGAGAAGAUCAGGUUCUUCAAGAAAGGCUGGCAGUUCCUCUUCGAGCUCGAGUUCCCGCCGCUCUGCGACCGACGCGUCCUCGACGACUCGGACAACAUCUUUAAGUCGUACAGCAUCGACUUCGACCUUAACUGCAUCUCGUUCAACGCCUCGGUUGGCUCAUUUGCAUGAAAAAGACGUUCCAAUCGCGUCAAGCACGAUUAUGUAUUGGUCAAGGGCACCUGUGUAUGGCGCAUGCCCGACAAGAACAAUGCGAGGGCAUACCGUAACCCUCGUCGAUUCAACUGCAUGGGUUUUUGGGGGAUGUGAUGAUAAAGAGACAGCGAGGGACAUAUAUUGUUUUGACGUCGAAACAAUGCAAUGGUCACAUCCUAUCACAAAUGGCGAUCUUCCUCCACCCUCUCGUGCUCACACCGCCACCCUCGUUGAUCGAAAAAUCUAUGUAUUUGGUGGCGGGCAGGCCGCGUCUUAUAGCGAUUCCGUCUACAUACUUGAUACUGUUACUCGAAAGUGGACAAAGCCUAUUAUCAGUGGUGCUAUCAGAGACCCGAACACUGGAGAAGUUAUUGGAAGUGCACCUGGUCCUCCAGGCUCAGGUGGCAGCAACCACAGCAAUGGUACUAAUAGUCGCUCGAGCCCUAUUUCCUCGACCGUUUAUGGCGAAAUUCCUGCUCCGCGACGUGCUCACACUGCCGUGUACUACAACGGCAAAAUCUGGAUGUUUGGAGGAGGCAAUGGGAUGAUGGCGCUGAACGAUGUCUGGACAUUGGAUGUGUCCAAAAUGAUAUGGGAAAGAAUGAAUGUUCGGGGUAGAGACAGUGCAUUGAGUCCCGAGGACUAUCAGGAUGGUGGUAAAGGUGGGCGUUACCAUGGAUUGGGAGGUAUACCUAGUCCUCGAGGCUAUCACACUGCGAAUUUGGUGGGAAAUAUGAUGAUUAUCGUUGGAGGAAGCGAUGGGAAAGAUUGUUUUGCAGAAAUUUGGUGCUUAAACUUGGACACCCUCGAAUGGACACUUCUCGACCUUCCCGAGUCGCACAAACGGCUUUCGCACACUUCCACCCAAGUUGGCUCGUACCUUUUCAUCCAAGGAGGACAUAACGGCGGUGAAUACAUCAAUGACAUCCGGUUCUUCAAUUUAGUGAACCUGCAAUACGAGCCUCGCCCAACCGCCGGAAUUCCCCCUUCUCCGCGUGGAUAUCAUUCUGCUAUUCUUGCCGACUCUCGCUUAUGGGUUUUUGGUGGCUACAAUGGAAGUCAAGCGUAUGAUGAUGUGUUUAUAGCGGAUUUAGCUGGCGGAAGCUAUUUACCGCAGGUUACGAGUUUCAGUGUGGAAGUCUGA